CCUCGUGAGUGUUCGCUGACUUUCUGUCACGUGCCUGUCAAACCCCGGUUCCCUCGCGCAGCCGUCGUCAACACAACCCGCAGACAACUGAGGAAGUAGCUAGCACACAAGCUAACCUGGCUACCGAAACCUCCCCGCUGCGGCUCAUACUAGAGUUUAAUAUUAGUAUUAAGUUACCUAACGUGUUUAACGUCAAAGUACCGGACUGCCUUGGUUCUUUGUUUCUGUUGUUAUGAACAAUGUUUAGGAGCAGUUGUAGGUUGCUAACUUCGAAGCUAGCAGGCUAACGAUCAGCUGUUGUUUUGGUCGCAGAGCUACAAGGCUAACAAGCCAGACAUAGCAGAGCAUUACAGGACUGUUUCCUCAUUUUACUCUCACUGCUCAGUCGGUUAAUGGCGACACAUGAAGCUGUACCACCCUGACGGACUAAUCAGCGGUCAGUCAGUCAGCUGUUGUUGCUGCAGGCUGCAGGCUUCCAGCUCGGUGUAGGAUCGAUCCAUCAGAGAUCAGAGAGGUCUGUAACUGAAUCACACCAAACAUUGCUUCAAGAUGCAUGACGCCUAUGAACCAGUGCCUAUUCUGGAGAAGCUUCCUCUUCAGAUUGACUGUCUGGCGGCCUGGGAGGACUGGCUGCUUGUUGGAACAAAGCCUGGGCAUCUCCUCCUCUACCGAAUAAAGAAGGAUGCAGGUACCAACCGGUUCGAGGUGACACUGGAAAAAUCCAAUAAGAACUUCUCAAAGAAGAUUCAGCAGCUCUACGUUGUCUCACAGUACAAAAUUCUUGUCAGUCUUCUAGAGAACAACAUCCACGUCCAUGACCUCCUGACCUUCCAGCAGAUCACUGUGCUGUCCAAAGCCAAAGGAGCCACGCUCUUCACCUGUGACCUGCAGCAAAUGAGCUCAGGAGAGGAAAGGUUGAGAAUGUGUGUCGCAGUGAAGAAGAAACUCCAGCUGUAUUACUGGAAGGACAGAGAGUUCCACGAGCUGCAGGGGGACUUUGGUGCACCAGAUAUUCCAAAGUCCAUGGCUUGGUGUGAAAACUCCAUAUGUGUUGGUUUCAAACGAGACUAUUACCUCAUUCGGAUGGAUGGCCGCGGCUCCAUCAAGGAGCUCUUCCCCACUGGUAAACAGCUGGAGCCUCUGGUUGCCCCACUGGCUGAUGGGAAGGUGGCUGUUGGCCAGGAUGACCUAACCGUAGUGCUGAAUGAAGAGGGCGUUUGCACCCAGAAGUGUGCCCUGAACUGGACAGACAUCCCUAUAGCAAUGGAGCACCAGCCUCCGUACAUCAUAGCGGUUCUGCCUCGGUACGUGGAGAUCCGGACCUUUGAGCCGAGGCUGCUGGUGCAGAGCGUGGAGCUGCAGAGACCUCGCUUCAUCACCUCGGCAGGGCAAAAUAUUGUGUAUGUUGCCAGCAACCACUUUGUGUGGCGCCUGGUGCCCGUGUCGAUAGCUACUCAGAUCCGGCAGCUUCUCCAGGACAAGCAGUUUGAGCUGGCUCUUCAGCUGGCGAUGAAGGAUGAUUCAGACGGUGAUAAGAAGCAGCAGAUCAAUCACAUCCAGAAUCUCUACGCCUUCAAUCUGUUUUGCCAGAAGAGAUUCGAUGACUCCAUGCAGGUGUUUGCCAAACUGGGCACAGAUCCCACCCAUGUGAUUGGGCUGUACCCAGACCUGCUCCCGUCAGACUACCGCAAACAGCUGCACUAUCCCAACCCGCUGCCUACUCUGUCCGGGGCCGAGCUGGAGAAGGCUCAUCUCGCUCUCAUCGAUUACCUCACACAGAAACGCAGCCACCUUGUGAAACAGCUGAAUGACUCUGACCCGUCUACCACGUCUCCGCUCAUGGAGGGCACGCCUACGAUUAAAAGCCGCAAAAAACUCCUGCAGAUCAUCGACACCACCCUGCUGAAGUGUUACCUGCACACUAACGUGGCCCUGGUGUCCCCCCUCCUUCGUCUGGAAAACAACCACUGCCACAUCGAGGAGAGCGAGUACGUCCUGAAGAAGGCCCAUAAGUACAGCGAGCUCAUUAUUCUCUAUGAGAAGAAGGGCCUGCACCAGAAAGCUCUGCAGGUGCUGCUGGAUCAGUCCACCAAGGCCAACUCUCCUCUGAAGGGCCACGAACGAACAGUGCAGUACCUCCAAAGACUGGGAGUGGAGAAUAUGGGGAUAAUCUUUGAGUUUUCUCCCUGGGUGUUGAAGAUCUGUCCCGAGGAUGGCCUGAAGAUCUUCACCGAGGACCUGACAGAGGUGGAGACUUUGCCCAGAGACAAGGUGCUGAACUUCCUGAAGGAGGGCUUCAAUGAGCUCGCCAUCCCAUAUUUGGAGCACAUCGUUUACAUUUGGGACGAUAAGGGCCCGGAGUUUCACAAUGUGCUGAUCCAGCUCUACCUGGAGAGGGUUCAAGGCCUCAUGAAACAGUACCUCAACUCACUGCCAGAAGGAGUUCCAGCUGUUGCUGCGGGGAAGGAGGAGGGUGAUCUGGGAGAGUUUAGGAACAAGCUGCUGUCUUUCCUGGAUAUCUCUACCAGCUAUGAACCAUCAAGACUCAUCAGUGACUUUCCCUUUGACGGCCUGCUGGAGGAGCGCGCUCUGCUUCUGGGUCGGAUGGGUAAACACGAGCAGGCGCUCUUCAUCUAUGUGCACAUCCUGAAAGACACUCGCAUGGCUGAAGAAUACUGUCACGGCCAUUACAACAGUCAAGUGGAAGGGAAUAAAGACGUUUAUCUGUCUUUGCUGCGAAUGUACCUGUCGCCUCCUGAUGUUCACUGCCUGGGGCCCAUAAAGAUGGAGCUGUCGGAGCCUCAGGCCAACCUGCAGGCGGCCCUGCACGUCCUGGAGCUGCACCACAGCAAACUCAACACCACCAAGGCCAUCAAUCUGCUGCCAGCAAACACUCAGAUCCGAGAGAUCCGGGUCUUCCUGGAGAGCGUCCUGGAGGAGAAGGCGCAGAGGAAACGUUGCAACCAGGUGCUGAAGAGUCUGCUGCAGGCCGAGUUCCUCAGGGUGCAGGAGGAGCGAAUCUUCCACCAGCAGGUUAAAUGUGUCAUUACGGAGGAAAAGACCUGCAGAGUCUGCAAGAAGAAAAUAGGAAACAGUGCGUUCGCCAGGUAUCCUAACAGCGUGGUGGUGCAUUACUUCUGCUGCAAAGACCGCAACGUGUGUCCCACUGAGCAGUAACCGCUCCACCUGACAGCAACGGUUAACUAAUAAAUAACCCCUCUCCCUCCCACUCUGUGGAUUUCAAUGCUCGGACAUCUUUGAACUAGAAGUGCAUCAGGAGGUUGGAGGUAAUCUCCAGGCUGUGGACUCGGAUGCUUGUAUCCAAAGCACUUUACAGAAGUUAAAGAGUGCAGACAUUUUCUAACCCGAGUUAACCUCGGGCACAGUUGUUGUCAUGCUCGGCCCACCGAGCAGAACGAGACCUCCUUCUGCAAUCAAACGCUGAGACUUUCUUUCUCUCUCUGCAUGAAGUAACAGGAGGAAUGCACACUCGACAGGAGGGGAGAAAUAAAAAGAGAGAAAGAGAGAGGGAGGCAGAGAGUCUGACAUUUGAAAAGCAUGUUACUGUAACGCUAGAAGGGAUCCACGUCCCUCCACGUCGCCUCGGAAGAAAACAGGCGCUAUUGACAGACGCCCAGAGGACGUCAGGGCUCACCAGGAGAUGAUUACUUUAUUUUAAUUCUGUCUCUCUUCCUGCCUCCCACCACCACUCCUCCUCCUGUUACACUGUGUGAGGCCUCAAACACUGCUUGAUACGCCAUACCCGCUCUGCAGGAGUACAGUUAAAUGCCUUUUUGUGACUCUGAAGAUUGUACUUACAGUGAAGUCAGAUGUCUGUCAUGAUGUUUUUGUUCGCAUGUGCCGGUACUGACUAAGCAAAACAAGCAUUCGUCUUACGAUGUGUUUAUGUAUUUUUAUUUAAACGUUUGAGGCGGUCUCUCUAACUAACUUUAUUCACGGCGAUGUUCUUUUCAUCAUUUAGUGUCUUUACAGUGAUUUUCUAACAGACAUCAUCCUCUCUUUAAUGCUUUAUUUAAUUACUCAUCUGUCUUUGUAUUCAUUUUUUAUUUUUAUUUCCCAAACAUUAAAAGUUUAUGAAGUAGAUUUAAA